AUGAAGACCAGAGACCAGCUGCAGAGAGGCCUGAGGACGCUGGAGGGCACGGCCCGCGCUGUGGGUCUGGGCCUGGUUCUGAACUUGGCUGGAGACCUGCUGCAGUCCCUCCAGAGCCUGGUGGUGGCGCUGUUAUACCGCGGCGAGAACCUGAGGGAGUCAGCGGUGGUGGAGAUUCGGACGCGGGCUCAGCUCCUGGUUCAGUCUGGUCCAGUCCAGACGGUGCUGGAGCUGCCAGACCAGAUCCAAAACCUGGUCCGGGACCUUCAGGAGCUGAGCAAACUCCUGCUGCAGCUGCUGAUCAACGCCACACCGCUCUACAGCCUGAUUCAGCAGCCGUCAGAGCAGGAGGUUGAAGACUUUUUGAACCAACACGACUUCACGUCCAACAGCUCGUCCCGCCGCAGCUCUGCUAAUGCUAACAGUCUGUUCCUGAAGGCUAUGGACGGACGUCCUCGCCGCCGCCGCAGCCUCUACUCGCUCGCCGCUCGUGGCACUCAAAGUCCAGAGCCCACCCGCCAAUCAGAGGAACAAGAAGUCCCGCCCCCUGCCAUCGAAGUGCCCGCCACCCGCCGGCCUUCUGCCACUGACCUCCUGAUGGCGCCACUGAGACAGUUUGUGUCUCAGAGCCAGAAGGCCUUUGAGUACCUGAGUCCCAAUGGAGAGGAGGGGGGAGAGGGGGAGAAGUGA